AUGGUGAGAGAGGAUCGGUUGGGCCUCUGCUUUGCCGAGGUGGUUAAGAGACGCCUGGAGGGUGGGUACCCGGAGAGUGUAGUGGUGUUCACGGAUGGUUCAAAGGUCCCAGGGACGGUUCAGGUUGUUGGUCAGACUGAACCAGUUGUUGCCAACGUAGGUGAUGAUGUCAUCCUCCCUUGUACUCUGAGAACCUCCAGCAGCACCGUCAACGCUGUUGAGGAAUCAGUGGAGUGGCAGAGACUUGACCUCCAACCAAAAGAGAAUCCAUCCUACACAGGAAGAACGGCUCUUUUCAAAGGAGAAAUGAAAAACGGGAGCGUCUCCUUAAAACUGACCGGAGUGAAACAGUCUGAUGCUGGAAACUACACCUGCUUCAUUCCAACACUGAAGAGCCCUUUUCAAAAAGCCAUGGUUCAACUCAUUAUUGGUGCAGUAUCUCAGCCAGACGUCUCUAUGGUUGGCAUUGAUUACACUGGCGUGGUCCUGGAUUGUGAGGCCAGAGGGUUGAUCUACAGACCUGAGAUGACCUGGUGGGACAGUGAUGGAAACAUCCUCCCUGCUGAUGGACCUACAGAGAUCGAGACCGACUCAGAGGGUCGAUACACUGUGAGAGGACAUGUCACCGUCCAGAGGACUGACAACAACACGUUCACCUGUAGAGUUCUACAGCAGCAGAUCAACCACACAAUGGAGACAGAGAUUUGUGUUAAAGAUCGAAUGUUUCCUGACACAUCCCAGUCCUGGUGGAAUGGCUGGUGGUGGGGCUGGGGGUUUGGUGGUCUGACCUGGGGUCUUAUCUUAGGUCUGAUUGUUGUAGUUCUCUACAUCCUGAAGAGAAAAGGUCUACUUAAAGGAUUUAACGAGAAUUCUCAGACAAAUGGGACGUCAGAGCGGAAUGAAAAUCCACAGGAGAAUCAGAAUUCCCUGUUGAAUGGGAAUGGAAGGACCAACGGGAAUCUGCUGAACGGUGACAUUCCACAUGCCGAUGACAGUGUCUAGGACACGGAUUCCAGCAGCUCUUCAGUAUUCCUGCUGCACCUGGAAUUAUCUAAUAGGAAAGUGAUGUCCGGACAUGGCUCAGGGAAGAAGUUUUGACCAGACAGCUGCCAUUUAACUGGUUACUAUUGUUAGAAAUCGGCGAUUACGUAUUGUGGUCAAAUAAUGUAGAACACGUAUCAAAU